AAAUCUGCAACCUCCAAGUGCUCGUUAAACCGGUGGGGGAGACGCACCCCGGCCCAGCGGGGCUGCUGGUCGCGGCGCAGCAGAGACGCGAUUCCCACCCCUGCCCGGGCGGUGCAGCCGCUCGCCCCCCCCCCCCGCCAAGGCGCCCCCUCCUCCUCCCGGGACGCGAGGUGCUGACCGACCUGGCCCGGGCAGCGGGGGCGGCGUCCAGCCUGGGGUGCGGGCUGGGGGGCGGGGGCCCCGCGAGCAGCCCCGCCCCCGCCCGCGCACAGUCCCCGAGGAGCCCGCGGGGAGGAGCGGACGCGGGCGCAGAGCGGGGGCCGCGCGCGGCGGGCAGGGAGCGCGGGGAGCGGCGGGGCCCGGGGCGGCCCAAGGGCGCCCUCGCCGCCGCGGAGGAGCCGGGCCGGGGGGCCGCGGAGGAGGCGGAAGCCGGCUGGGCGGCGAGCGCGGAGAAGUUUGGCGGCGGCUGGGCCGGGCGUCCCGGGGUUGCGGGGCGGCAAGGACCCGGGCCAUGGAGGCGGGCGCAGGGUGGGCGCGGCGCGCACGGAGCCCCCCAGAUCGCCGAGCGUCGCAAAGUUAGCGCAGAGCCCCGGCCGGCCCUGGACCCCGCCGCGGCCAUGGGCGAGCACCCCAGCCCCGGCCCCGCAGUGGCCGCCUGCGCCGAAGCGGAGCGCAUCGAGGAGCUGGAGCCCGAGGCCGAGGGGCGGCCGCCCGCGGCGUCUGAGGACCACUGGAAAGUCCUGUUUGAUCAGUUUGACCCUGGGAACACAGGCUACAUCAGCACAGGCAAGUUCCGGAGCCUCCUGGAGAGCCACAGCUCUAACAUGGACCCUCACAAGAGGGAGGUGCUCCUGGCACUGGCUGACAGCCGUGAGGAUGGACAGAUUUGCUACCAGGAUUUCGUCAACCUGAUGAGCAACAAGCGCUCCAACAGCUUCCGCCAGGCCAUCCUGCAGGGAAACCGCAGGCUGAGCAGCAAGGCCCUGCUGGAGGAGAAGGGCCUGAGCCUGUCGCAGCGCCUGAUCCGCCACGUGGCCUAUGAGACCCUGCCCCGGGAGAUUGACCGCAAGUGGUACUACGACAGCUACACCUGCUGCCCGCCGCCCUGGUUCAUGAUCACUGUCACCCUGCUGGAGGUUGCCUUUUUCCUCUACAACGGGGUGUCGCUGGGUCAGUUUGUGCUGCAAGUGACGCAUCCACGUUACCUGAAGAACUCUCUGGUUUACCACCCCCAGCUCCGUGCGCAGGCUUGGCGCUACCUGACGUACAUCUUCAUGCACGCCGGGAUAGAACACCUGGGACUCAACGUGGUGCUGCAGCUGCUGGUGGGGGUGCCCCUGGAGAUGGUGCAUGGAGCCACCCGCAUCGGGCUUGUCUACGUGGCUGGUGUUGUGGCAGGGUCCUUGGCUGUGUCUGUGGCAGACAUGACCGCACCCGUCGUGGGCUCUUCUGGAGGGGUUUAUGCUCUCGUCUCUGCCCAUUUGGCCAAUAUCGUCAUGAACUGGUCCGGCAUGAAGUGUCAGUUCAAGCUGCUUCGGAUGGCUGUGGCCUUGAUCUGUAUGAGCAUGGAGUUCGGACGGGCCGUGUGGCUACGCUUCUACCCGUCGGCUUACCCGCCGUGUCCUCACCCCAGCUUCGUGGCACACUUGGGUGGCGUGGCUGUGGGCAUCACCCUGGGCGUGGUGGUCCUGAGGAACUACGAGCAGAGGCUGCAGGACCAGUCGCUGUGGUGGAUUUUUGUGGCCAUGUACACCGUCUUCGUGCUGUUCGCCAUCUUCUGGAACAUCUUUGCCUACACCCUUCUGGACCUGAAGCUGCCUCCACCCCCAUAGGGUGCCAAAGGGCAAGGCAAGGAGGGAAAGGAGAAGUGGUGUCUAGAGAGGGCACCUGCGUCUUUUUCUUAUGGCCAGCUUGAUGAGGCCAGGGAGGAGAGGUUGGAGACCCUGGGCUGCUGUGACAUUGGGCUUUAGAUUUGGACACAUAUUGGAGGCUUUUUCUGAAAGGCAUAGGUGGAGGAGUUGGAUGUGGCUGCUGUGCUUUUUCUAGGCUGUUCUGAUGAGAUUGGGCCCGUCUGAAGGCUCAGGGAGGGUGAGAGUGGCCAUUCCUGUGGGCUGGGCUUGUCCCAUCGGGGUUCCCUGAGCUUCCCUCUCCCUGCUGUGGACAGCAGCAGCUUCUCCCUCACCCUCCGUCUGGAGACCCUAAGGGAAGGUGUGUGGGACGCCAUGGUCAGGCAGGCCUUCCCCAGCCCAGGGACAGUGGCAGGCCAGGCAGUGUCCCUGCCACAGCUCUGGACUGAGCACUGAGGUGAGAAGAGGGCCUGGUGGGGGAGCUCAGGGUGACCUCCUAGCCCUGCCAGCGAGCACUGGGUCACAGCUUCUCAGGCCUGCGCUGGGAAGAACAGGAAGAUGCUGUAGGCUCUAGGCCCCUAGGCCCCAGGCCCCUGACCCCUCUCCUGCCCUACGGGACCAAGGACAGGAAACUAAACUGGGAAACUAUACUGAACCUCAUCCAGUUUCCACCCCUCCCUUUCAUCGAGAAACAUCUCACACCCACAUGCCACCCUCCCUCCCCUGCCUUGACUUCCGGGUCUUUUCUUUCCCUUCCACUGCCCUGAACCUACUUUGUGCCUCUCCUUUGGGAAUGGAGACAGUAUUGUGCAUGCAUAUGUGCAUGCGUGUGUGUGUGUGUGCAUGCGUGCGUAUGCGUGUAUGUGUGUGUGUGUGAUGCUCCCAUCAGCAGUGUGAGGCAUGUGGAGCCUGCAGAGGUGUGUGGAGCAGUGGGCAUGUGGGGCGUCUGUAUAAGAGGAGACAAGGUGCGAGGAGGGAAAGCCUUCUAUGCUGUGGCAGGGUUGCUGAAUGUCCUUGAUUUUACCAAAGUUCACCCCCUUUUUUGCCUGUUACCUUUCCCUUCUGGAUACCUUCCUGAGCAUCACUGGUGAACAGGAGAUGUGGUCCAUACUGGAGGAAGACCUCAGGUCCUUCCAGGGACCCUGGGAUGUUGAAAGGAAACUUUACAGCCACAUUCUACUUCUAUUUUUUUUUUUUUUCCUGAGAUGCUUUUGCUUUCCAAUUUUGUCCUCUUUUGCAUGGUUAGAAGAUACUUUAGUUGGGGGACAGAAGAAAUCCUUCUAAGAUCUUCUGGGAUGCAAGAGAAGCUGGGGUGGGAAUAUUGAGGCUGUGUGUCCAUUUGACAGCAGGAAGCUACAGCAAAAGGAAUUCUAAUUUAUUUAGGUGGCAAACUUUGCUCCUGAGAGAAUUUGGGGGUGCUUAGAGGAGUGUCAAAGUCAGGAUAGCCUGGAGGUGGACUCAGAUGCCUAGAGCUGGGAGGGAACUUGGAGGUUUUCAAGCCCCCACCCACUUUCCUCAGCGGGAGAGUGAGAUUGAGAGAAUGAACUCCCUCCACCUGCAUCCCAGCAACCCCAGGUGCCAGGGCAGAAGCCUGGCGGGGAAGCCCUGCCUCCCAGCAGGGCUGACCCCAUAGGUGACACCUACAGGGGUGACACCACUAAGAACUGUACCAGCACAAGGUACCUGACCUUUGACAAAACUCCAUCCCCUUUUUACUGUUUUUAGAACUCUCAACCCCUGACAAUCCAGAAAGACAAAGAACCUCAGGCCUAGGAGGCAGAGGGGCUGGGGCCAUGCAGGAGCAAGGGCAGGAGAUUAGGAGCUGCCUUCUCCCGCCUUUGUGCCUGACAAAGCCCUUGUGCCCAACAAAGCCCUUGUGCGUGGAGAGGUUGAGAAUCGAUCAGGUCAAGUAUUUGGGGGUCUUGGGCCACUGGGGCUUUCUGUUCCAGUGAACAGAAUUCCUUUUGCUGUAGCUUCUGCUGUCAAAUGGACACACAGCCUCAAUAAUCCCACCCCAGCUUCUCUUGCAUCCCAGAAGAUCCUAGGAUUUCUUCUCUCCCCCAACUAAGGUAUCUUCUAACCACGCAAAAGAGGACAAAAUUGGAAAGGAAAAGCAUCUCAGGAAAAAAAAAAAAAUAGAAGUAGAAUGUGGCUGUAAAGUUUCAACAUCUCAGGGUCCCUGGAAGGACCUGAGGUCUUCCUCCAGUAUGGACCACGUCUCCUGUUCACCAUGCAAACGGGCAAAGUCUUUCCACCCAGGAAUACACUCAGUCACUGCCAAAGACUUUUUCAUGUUUGCCCAGCACUAACUACAUGGUUUUGCUCCCCACAUAUGGCUCCUAAGAUUGUGAUGCGCUUGUGCCAGUGCUGUGCUGAAAUCUGUCAGCCUGAGACAGUGUGGCCCAUGUCUCUGGCUGAGCUGCUCAGCCUGGAGCCUCUUGUCUGUGCCCUGCCUGCUGUUCUCUGCCCUAAUUUGUGAAAGAGUCAGCUUCUUCAGGGAAGACUCUAAGAGCCAGGAAGGGAGACCAAGAAGGGAAGACCUGGUGAGGAUCCAGAGGGAACAGGACUCUGUGGCCUCUGAGCUGGGGCAUCUCCCCCAGAGGGUCAGAGGCAGCUGGAAAGGGGUGAGAAGGUAAUGGAAGGUUCUAGGAAGCCCUCAGGGAAGCACCAGUUCCUUCAAGCCUCCAGAUGAAAGCUUGUUACUGGGAGACCACCUGAGGCAAGAUCCUAUCUCCUGCCCUGUUAAGUCUGUCCUCUGAGGUCUGUGACACUUGGAGGGAAUCUUAUCUGCACCUUGGGCCACCAGCCCCAAGCUGCUGUCAGCACAGCCACUUCCGCCACCUCUCAGCCAUUGAUCCCAAGCAGGGACGUAGAGUAGAGACACUGGGGUCAUUUCACAGGACCCAGAAAGUUUUACUUUUUGGCAUCUGGCCUUUUCAGCAUGCCCAUUGCUCCUCUUGCCCACCUUGCCCUCCUGGCCUGCAGCUCCCUCCCUCUCUCCCCCUCUCCAACGUGCCUGCCAGCCAGGAUGCUGGAAACAGAGUAUGGUGUCACUCUUCAGGCUGGUGGAGGUAGACACAGAAAUUCCAGACACAGAAACGGAAAGCCCAGGGAUUCCCCAUACAACAGCCAUAGACUCAUUUGCUUGUUAAUCAGGAGAGGAAUUGCAGACACUGAGGAAAGGAAAACAGACCUUCAAAGGAGAAAUUUUGUUUUAAUGAUACCAUUCAUCAUUCAUUUUUUAAUUAGGAAAGGCUCCCUAAUGAGGCUCUUCUGGCAGCAAAUGGGACUGUCAAUUUCCCUGAGAGCCAUUCUUGCCCAGAGCAUUAAGGGAACCGCUGCCGACCAAAUGGAGACCUUCCUCCAGCGUCCAAUCGGGUUUGUGGGGAAUGCAGAUUGCCGGGCGCAGUGGAAGCCCUUUCUGGCAUCAUUCCUGUGGCACCCCGACUGGCUGCCAAGCACCGGUACUCCUCUGCCUUAAAGGCGGUGCCCAACAAUGAACUGCCUCUCCAAGGACUUGAAUAAGGGGUGGGGGUGGGGGAGACAGAAAGAAGAAAACACAAGCCACAGUGCUGGUUUCUAAAUAUUUUUGUAUUGUGUACAUUCUGUAUAUUUUUGUUGUAACAUGAUUUGAGCACAGAUUCCAUUAAAGAUUUUUUUUUUAAGCCA